AUGGAAGGGAAAAAGAACGAAGAGAAGUCCUUCUGCCAAUUGGCACAAGGUAUCUGGAGCCAAAAUAUCUCCAUGGAUCAAAAUAAUUUUAUUGAAUUGUUUGCCUCCUUGUUCAUUGAUGAAUUGUAUCCAGCGCGCAGGGCGGGCCAGCAGCCACCGAGGGUCCCCCGGGGGCUGAAGCGCAAGCCGGGGUGGUGGUGGUCCCGGGCAAGGGAGAGACCCCCCCCCACUCCUCUAGCGGGGUCUGCCGAAAGGCGACGGCGGCUCUUACGCGCCCGGCAGGAGAAGGAGAAGCCCCGAGGGGCGCUUCCUGCAGGGAGACCCCCUCCUCCAAGCCCGGAGGGCAGGGCGGAGGCUUCCCUGGGGGGGUCCCGGACGGCCAGAGUCCCAGCCGCCGAAGGAACGGGGAGUCGAGCCGGCGGACGGUCGCGCGUGGACAGCGGCCGCUCCGGAGACCCUGGUGGAGCUGCAGACAGAGACCCGCGGACGGAGGAGCCGAGGGAGGGUCGCGCGUGGACAGCAGCGAGUCCCGAGACCCCGGUGGAGCUGCGGAGCGGGAGCCGCGGACGGAGGAGCCGAGGCAGGGUCGCGCGUGGACAGCGGCGGCUCCGGAGACCCUCCUGGAAGUGCAGACCGGGAGCCGCGGACGGAGGAGCCGAGGGAAGGUCACGCGUGGACAGCAGCGAGUCCGGAGACCCUGGUGGAGCUGCAGACAGAGACCCGCGGACGGAGGAGCCGAGGGAGGGUCGUGCGUGGACAGCAGCGUCCGGAGACCGUAGUGGAGCUGCGGAGCGGGAGCGGCGGACGGAGGAGCUGAGGGAAGGUCGCGCGUGGACAGCGGCGGCUCCGGAGACCCUCCUGGAAGAGCAGACCGGGAGCCGCGGACGGAGGAGCCGAAGGAAGGUCUCGCGUGGACAGCGGCGGGUCCAGGGAGACCCUCGUGGGACUGCGAAGCGGGAGCCGCGGACGGAGGAGCCGAGGGAAGGUCGCGCGUGGACAGCGGCGGGUCCAGGGAGACCCUCGUGGGACUGCGAAGCGGGAGCCGCGGACAGAGGAGCCGAGGGAGGGUCGCGCGUGGACAGCGGCGGCUCCGGAGACCCUCGUGGAGCCGCGGACCUAGACCUGCGGACGGAGGAGCCGAGAGAGGGUCGCGCGUGGACAGCGGCGGCUCCGGAGACCCUCCUGGAAGUGCAGACCGGGAGCCGCGGACGGAGGAGCCGAGGGAGGGUCGCGCGUGGACAGCGGCGGGUCCAGGGAGACCCUCGUGGAGCCGCGGACCUAGACCCGCGGACGGAGGAGCCGAGAGAGGGUCGCGCGUGGACUGCGGCGUGUCCUCCGCCGUCGGGGCCGCUUCCGACGGCCGGCCGAGGCCAAGCGGCGGCCGCAGCCCCCGGCAUGGCCCUGAAGGAGGGCGGCGGCCCCGGCGCCUCCACCGUCCCCCCCACCACCACCAUCCUCCCCAUCAGCGAGAUGGUCUCCGGCUGCUCGGCUGCCGUCCCGGCGUCGGGGGCGCCGUCGGGCCCGGCCUUCCCCGAGGUGGUGGAGCUGAACGUGGGCGGCCAGGUCUACGUGACCCGCCACUCCACCCUGCUGAGCGUGCCGGACAGCAGCCUGGCCCAGAUGUUCUCCCGGGGGCCCCGCGAGCUGCCCCGCGACAGCCGCGCCCGCUUCUUCCUCGACCGCGACGGCUUCCUCUUCAGGUACGUGCUGGAUUACCUGCGCGACAAGCAGCUGGCGCUGCCCGAGCACUUCCCGGAGAAGGAGCGGCUCCUGCGGGAGGCCGAGCACUUCCAGCUGGCCGGUCUGGCCCAGCUGCUGGCGGCCCGCGGUGCCCCGCGCGGCUCGCUGAACGACGAGGGCUGCCCGAGCGACCCGGAGGACGGCAGCUCGCCCGGCGGUGUGGAGCUGCCGGCGGCGCUGCCGUCCGCGCGGGCCGGCGAGAGGCGCUCCGGUUUCUUGACCCUGGGCUACCGGGGCUCGGCGGGGGCGGCGGUGCGGGACGGCCAGGCGGACGCCAAGUUCCGCCGCGUGGCCCGCAUCCUGGUCUGCGGCCGCAUCGCCCUGGCCAAGGAGAUCUUCGGCGAGACGCUGAACGAGAGCCGCGACCCGGACCGGCCGCCGGAGAAGUACACCUCCCGCUUCUACCUGAAGUACACCUACCUGGAGCAGGCCUUCGACCGCCUGGCCGAGGCCGGCUUCCACCUGGUGGCCUGCAACUCCACCGGCGCCGCCGCCUUCGUCAACCAGUACAGGGAGGACAAGAUCUGGAGCAGCUACACCGAGUAUAUCUUCUACCGACCGCCCCAGAGAACUGUGUCUCCUAAACAAGAACACAAAGAUGGGAAACACGAAAAGGUGACGGACAAAGGAAGCGAGAGUGGAACUUCUUGCAACGAAUUGUCCACCUCCAGUUGCGAGAGUCAUUCUGAAGCUGGCACGCCUCAAGAGAAUGCUACCAGCACCCAGCAGUCUAUAGGCCACCAGCCCAAUACUCUGACAUUGGAUCGCCCAUCGAAGAAGGCUCCGGUUCAGAAAAUGCCUCCACCAGAUAAGCGUCGAAACAGCGAACUUUUCCAGACUCUCAUGAGUAAGUCCCGAGAAAUAAAUCUUUCCAAGAAAAAGAUCUGCGAGAAGCUCAGCGUUGAAGAGGAGAUGGAAAAAUGCAUCCAGGAUUUUAAAAAAAUCCACAUCCCUGAUGAUUUUCCGGAAAGAAAACGUCCCUGGCAAUCUGAAUUGUUACAAAAAUACGGGCUAUAGUUUUUCGGUAUUGAGUAUCCUGUCCGUGGUGCGUUAGGUGUCUAUUUCAUUGCCGGUUUCUUGUGGGUCUACUCCUCGGAGUUCUGCAGCUUCUUUCUUUCUGUGAACUGGAUGUUGGAUAGGACAUGAGUGGACUAUUUUUCUUUCUUUUUUAAAGGAUAACAAUGAAUUAAAAAUAAAACCUAGAUCCUUUUAUAAUAGUUAACAAAUGCAUGGUCAAGACAUAUGGGGCUUCAGCCUUCUCAUCCAUGGAAUAAAUAUAUCAUCAGAUCGCUCACCAUUUUAUACACAUAAUAGCAGUGAUAUAAAUUUCCAGAGCACAAAAGGAUGGGUCUAAGGAAGGGAUGGGGAACUACAGCCCCCUUUAUGACUUGUGGACUUCAACUCCCAGAAUUCCUGAGCCCAUCAUUUUAAUAGGUAAGACUCAGGUUUUAAGGCAGAGGUGGGGAACUAUGGCCCCCCCUUAUGACUUGUGGACUUCAACUCCCAGAAUUCCUGAGCCCACCAUUUUAAUAGGUAAGACUCAGGUUUUAAGGCAGAGGUGGGAACUAUGGUCCCCCUUAUGACUUGUGGACUUCAACUCCCAGAAUUCCUGAGCCAGCCAAGAAUUCUGGGAGUUGAAGUCCACAAGUCACAACAUGGCCAUGGUUCCCCACCUCUGGUCUGAGGAUACAGGGGUAGAAUUUGGUGCAAACACAUUCUUAAAAGUUAACACAAUGAAGGAAGCUUCCAUUUUGCAUGAGCACAAUAGGAACAAGUAGCUCACACAAGAAAGCAAAAGGUUGCGUGCUGCUGGGAUAAAUAUUUUGUUCGUUGCCAAGAUGAUAACUGUAACAUGCCUUUGGAAUUGAACCUUAGGAGGAUUUGUGUAUGGAUGUGUGUUUGUUUUGUAAGGAUGAUGUAAAUAUGCCUGAUAUUGUUCAACGAUCACACCCGACGUGCAUCUAAUUACUGUUUGCCAGGGUUAUUUCUGUGA